UUAGGGAGCAGAGCAGGUCCAGCUCGCAGCGCCCGGAGCCUGCAGACCCCGCCCCCGGGCUCCGCCCCCGAGGCCGCGGAGCCGCCAUCUUUUUGAGGGGCAGUGGGCCCAUCUCCGAGAUGCCGAAGUCUUGCGCGGCCCGGCAAUGCUGCAACCGCUACAGCAGCCGCAGGAAGCAGCUCACCUUUCACCGGUUCCCGUUCAGCCGCCCCGAGCUGCUGAGGGAGUGGGUGCUCAACAUCGGCAGGGCCGACUUCAAGCCCAAGCAGCACACAGUCAUCUGCUCCGAACACUUCAGACCUGAGUGCUUCAGCGCCUUCGGGAACCGCAAGAACCUGAAGCACAAUGCUGUGCCCACCGUGUUCGCUUUUCAGAACCCCGCCCAGGUCUGCCCUGAGGUGGGGGCUGGUGGGGACAGCUCAGGGAGGAACAUGGACGCUACACUGGAAGAGCUUCAGUCUCCAAAUACUGAAGGCCCCAUGCAACAGGUGUUACCAGAUAGACAAGCAACGGAGGCCAUGGAGGCUGCGGGCCUGCCCGCCGGCCCUCUGGGUUUGAAAAGGCCCCUUCCGGGACAGCCGUCCGAUCACAGCUAUGCCCUUUUGGACUUGGAUACCUUGAAAAAAAAACUCUUCCUCACGUUGAAGGAAAACAAGAGGCUUCGGAAGCGCCUGAAAGCCCAGAGGCUGCUGCUUCGGAGGACAUGUGGCCGCCUGAGAGCCUACAGGGAGGGACUGCGGGGACAGAGGGGACCGCAGGCCGACGCAGCACAGGGAUGCUGAGUCCCAGCAGGCUCUGGGAUGUGGGGAUGGUGGCAGCACCCUGGCAGGAAGUGGUGUUCGGCCCUGCUGUAGAUGAUCCCCCUCGCCACUGAUGCUGCAAGGUGCCCUUAGACAGGCAGGGUGGGAUGCUGUGAGGCGGUUGUCAGGUGAGGGCCCAACAGUCAGGUCUCCUGGGCUGAGGCUUUCAGCUGUGGGGCAACAACAGUGACCAAAUGUAAGCUGUCACAACCCUGUCAGCUACUCCCCAGGGAAGGAGAGGUGAUCAUUCUUACAGCCUGUGGGGUACUUACUGUCUCCCCAGAGGGGUCACUCUGAGGGUAGGCAGGGCCGGGGUCCUCCAUCAGCCUGGAUUUCUGAGUAACUCCUUGUCUGCCUGGUUUGUGUGAAUGUGGAAUAAAUCCUUUGACAUCUCCAUA